UACCCAAAAAUAAAAAUAGAACUGUAUAUACUAUUGAAAUCCGCAAAGAACCGGAAUAUCGAAAUACUGCAAAAGGAAAACGCGGCUUGAAAAUGCUUCUGAGCAAUCAGCCGGCAAAUACAAAGCCUCCACAGACGCCGCCUCCGACGUCGUCGUCGCAGAACUUCAAGUCCAAGCUUCAGCAACAAAUUGCCACAGCGGCUGUGGCAGCAGCCGCAGCGGCAGCCACCACAAACCUCGCCAACGGCAGCACCGCCACUCAUCAUCAUCAUCAUCAUCAGAAUCAUAAUCAUCAUCAUCCGCUGAACCACCAUCAUCAUCCGCAUCAGCACAACAUUUCCUUUGCCACGGAUUUCUCAAUUGCCGCGAUUAUGGCGCGCGGCGGAAACGCCCCGAGCAGCCGCGAGCCAUCCGAAAGGAGUCUGAGUCCAUUGUCUGUGGAACAGUAUUCGGGCCAGGAUGUGGACGAUGAUGUUGACGUUGAUGUGGUUGACUGCAGUGACUCUGAAUCGCCGACGGCGUUGGCUGCAACAGCAGCGGCGGCGGCAGCAGCAGCAGCAGCAGUUCAGGCCCAGCAACGUCAGGCAUUGCGUGUUGCACAGCAACAACAGCAACAACAACAGCAGCAGCAACAACAGCAACAGCAACAACAACGGCAACAGACACAUCACCAUGCAACAGCAAACAAGCAACAACGCCAACAUCACAAUCAUCAUCACAACAACAACAACAACAACAACAGCAAUCACAGCAAAUCAAGCAGCCAUCGAGGGCGUGCCACAACCACCACACCAAAUGCUGCCGCAGCUGGAGCUGUGGCUGGAGCUGGAUCUAGUGGUGGUGGCACGGCCACGCCCUCGCCUCCACCGCCAGCCCAGAGUCCUCCCGAAGACGAACGCCUGUCGCCAGAGGAGCCCGCGCAGCAGCCCACGCCCAAGAUACUCGGCUCGUGCAACUGCGACGAUCUCACGCCAAUCCAGUGCCACCUGGAGACCAAGGAGCUCUGGGAUAAGUUCCAUGAAUUGGGCACUGAAAUGAUCAUUACCAAAUCGGGCAGGCGCAUGUUCCCCACGGUGCGUGUGAGCUUCUCGGGUCCACUGCGGCAGAUCCAGCCCCCGGAUCGGUACGCCGUCCUGCUGGACAUUGUGCCCCUGGACUCGCGGCGCUAUCGCUAUGCCUACCAUCGCAGCUCCUGGCUGGUGGCGGGCAAGGCGGAUCCGCCGCCGCCGGCCCGCAUCUACUGCCAUCCGGAUUGCCCCAUCAGCCCGGAGGCGUUGCGCAAACAGGUCGUCUCCUUCGAGAAGGUGAAGUUGACAAAUAACGAAAUGGAUAAGAGCGGACAGGUCGUGUUGAACUCAAUGCAUCGCUAUCAGCCACGGAUCCACUUGGUGCGGAUGAGCCACGGCCAGAGCAUACCCGGCAAUCCCAAGGAGCUGCAGGAUAUGGAUCAUAAAACCUUCGUUUUCCCGGAGACCGUGUUCACGGCCGUGACGGCCUAUCAGAAUCAAUUGAUUACGAAACUGAAAAUCGAUUCGAAUCCGUUUGCAAAAGGAUUUCGCGAUUCGUCGCGUCUCACUGACUUUGAUAGAGAUCCAAUGGAUGCGUUUUUCUUCGACCAGCACAUGCGAGCCGCACCACUGCGCUUCUUUCCGGAUCCGCUGAUGUCGCAGCUCACCCCCCAAGAGGCGGACGCCGCCUCGCUGGCCCUCCUGGAGAAGGCCCGCCAGCACCUGCAGAUGUUUGGCCGCUCGCCGUACACCGAGAUGCUGCUGCCCCAUCUGUACCAGCGGCAGGCUCCGCCGCCACAGGCCUCGCACCUCAGCGCCUUCCAGCUGGGGAUGUGGCAGCAGCAGUGGCCCCAGCUGACGGCCGGGUUCCUGGCCAGUGCCAAUCAACAGGCGGCCUUUGCAGCAGCCGCCGCGGCAGCAGCGGGCGCCAAUCGCACCCCGCCCCCACCUGCUGCAGGGGCAGCACCGCCUGCCCCGGCCACACCCACAUCCUCGUGCGGCUCGGCGUCGCCGGAUCUGCGGGCGAGGCCGCAGAUGAGUCACUAUCCGCAACGCUUCAGUCCGUAUCAGGUGCCGCAGCAUCAGGCCUCGCCACCAGCCUCCACAAGAGCGGAGAGUCCUUAAGAGUGUCCCACCCGAAAACCAAACCAGCAAAAUUCCUUGAAAAAUCUAUCUAUGAAAUGUAUGUGCAAUGUUGUUGAAAACCUUUUGUAAAUAACCCAAAAACCUGUUGCUGCAACAUCCAAAGAGAACGCAAGAGAGACAGACAGACAGAAAGAGAGAGAGAGAGAGUGAACGAUGUUGCAUGUGAUGCUGAAGAGAGAGAGAGAGAUCGUCGUGAACCAUAGACCGUUCGGUGAAAAUGUGACCAGCGCUGAAUGUGAGUCAAGGACAGCGGAAACGGAAUCGGAAGCGGAAACGGUUUCACUGUAUUGUAAUUUUCUGUAGAAUUAUAACAGUAUUAGUUAAUUUAAUUACGCGUAGGCCUAGCAUCGUGUCCCAUCCCCCCGUAUCUGUAUCUGUGUCUGUGUCUGUGUCUGAAUCUGAAUCUGUGUAUUGUAAUUUAAUUUAUCCACUUUCGUUGCUGUUGUCCAUGUGUUCCUAUAACUGCAAUUAUUGUGAAAAUUCCACGCUGAAUUAAAUCCUUUAGACACUCCCCCCACCCCACUCCACCCCUCCAAUGAAGUACUAUAAACACUUAUUUAAAUGAUGUGCA